AUGACUGAGCUUAAGAUUGCCCGCAUCGACGUCUUCCAAGUAGACCUGCCUUACUCGGGCGGUGUGUACCACCUCUCCGGUGGCCGGACUUACACGAGCUUUGACGGCACCAUCGUGCGUAUCACCACCCAGAACGGAAUCCAGGGCUGGGGCGAGAGUACUCCUUUCGGGUCCAACUUUAUUGCCUCUCACGCCUUGGGCGUUAGGGCUGGCAUCGCCGAGAUUGCUCCUCAUUUAAUCGGCCUCGACCCAAGAAAUGUGGACCGUAUCAACGAUGCGAUGGACGCUGCACUGCUUGGCAAUGAAACCGCCAAAGCGGCCAUCGACGUCGCCUGCUGGGACGUGUUCGGAAAGUCAGUUGGGCUCCCUGUCUGUCAGCUUCUGGGCGGCAGUACAGGUGAUAAGCUGCCACUUCUGCUCUCUGUUCCUGUCGCCAACGCCGAGGACACGCGUCAGCUCGUGGCCGACGUACGCGCACAGGGAUACAAGGGAUUCUCUGUCAAGAUUGGGCAAGACCCUGAGUCAGACGCUGAGAGAAUCAAGGCAGCUCUAGCCGAUAAGAAACGGGGUGAAUACUUCACCAUCGACGCCAACAGUGGAUUAACCGUCGAGACUGCCUUGAGGACCCUACGACUGCUGCCAGAGGCACUGGACUUUGUCUUGGAGGCCCCUUGCGCCACUUGGAGGGAGACCAUGUCUCUUCGCCGUCGGACCAGCAUUCCAUUUCUCAUUGACGAGCUCUUGUUGAACGAGGCGGCGGCUUCACAGAUUGUUGCCUCUGACGCGGGAGAAGCAAUCAAUCUCAAGGUCUCCAAGGUCGGCGGACUCACCCGAUGUCGCCGAAUUCGCGACAUCUGUCUGGCCUCGGGUAUCACGAUUUCCGUCCAGGAGACGUGUGGUUCGGACAUCUCGUUCGCAGCCAUCAUCCAUCUAUCGCAGACCAUCCCUAGCCGCAUGCUCAGACCUAUCCUUCACAGCAGCCAGAUGGUUAUACCCAAGACGGCCGAUUGCGCUUUCGAGAUUCAUGACGGGUUUGUCGAGGCGCCGAACACGCCGGGGCUUGGGGUGACUCCUCGGUUGGAUGUGCUUGGGGAACCAGUUGCGACCUACCAGUAG